AUGGCGGAAGAACAUUACGCAUCGAAAAAGUAUCCGAUUGCAGCGAGAACACGCAAAUCGAAGCUCAAUUUUCUCGCCGGCAUUCGGAGUCACUAUGAGAAAAAGCAAAAGGAUGCCACGGUCGGCAGGGAACCACGCAUCAACCUCUCGGUACCGGGUACGCCGGUUUGUUCGCGCUAUCUUGCGCGGAAACAUUCUCGCCAACUGACAGGGGCAGGUGAUGCGAAUGACAACGAUGCGAGCCAGAAUGGUCCGGCAGUGAACGAGCUCAUCAUCAGCGGCAUUGUGCUGGAUAAGUUCCUGAAGGAUAUGCAUACGCUGUCGGUGGAUAAGGAAAAUUCGGAACCUCCGUCGGAGAAGCCCAAACCGGGCAGCAACCAUGCAACACCCGAGGAGUUCUUCGCCAAGUCGGACGAACGGAAGGCCUACCAUCGCACAUUUUCCGAAGCGGUCGGUACCGUUGGGAACGCACCGGUAAUCGAGAAAAACCCGGUGGUGAAGAAGUAUUUCGAGGAGUCAGCCAGCCAGCAAACGUAUCGGCGAGACUUUUCCGAGGCGUACGGCGAACUGGUCGAGCCGGAUCCGAUCGUUCCGGAUGAUAAGAAACCCAAGGCGAAGAAGAAGCCAAAGAAGACCAGCGCAAAGAUAACGAAGCCCGGUGAUACGCGCCCACCGAAACUCAUCAGCGACUCCUCGGACGACGAGCGGUCGGAGGAGGAUAGAAGCGCUUUCGUGCAGGAAUUGGAACAGCUGAAGGAAUCUAAAAAACGCCUCGAGGCAAAGUUACACGCCUUCCAGGCGAAGACGGUGACGGAUGUGGCGCAGGAAGCGUUGAUUGCUUCGAAACCCAACAGCACCCAACAGUUCUUUGAAGAAUCGGAACAGACCAGAACGUACCAGCGGACAUUCUCGCAGGCAGUGCAAACACUGCCCACGGCAGCGGAUGUGCGCGAUCCGGCGUUGCUGCAGUACUUCAACGAAUCCGCCUCACGGCAAACAUACAAACGAGAAUUUUCCGAAGUGUACAACGAGUACGAACCGGUUCCGGUGACAUCGCCCAUCGUGAAGCUAACGGUUCCGGGCACUCCGAUCAGCUCGAGGCAGUUGCACAAAUUAAAACCAACCGUCGACACAGCUUCGACCACCGCCGAGCAACAGCAACGCUCGGCGGCUGAAAAAUCCUCCGCAGCCCUGGCGGAGCAGUUGGAGGCGUUCAACCGAGAGCUGGAAACCCUGCGGCAAAACAAACCGCCGGCUACCGUACCGCCUGCGGAGAAAACCCUUCCGGUCGCGCCGGAAUUCUGCGUGGACAGCUACCUCAACACGUCCAGCCAGAAGCAAACGUACAGCCGGUCCUUCUCCGAGGCGGCCCAAUCGUUUGCCCAGUCGGAUGUGAAAAGUCCGGCCGUGCGUUCGUUUUUCGAAGACUCUUCCCGCAAGGGCACGCUGCGUCGGGAUUUCUCCGAAGCGUACCAGGAGGUGGAGGUGCUGGACGCUUCCGCCCGCGAAGCUGACGUAACAGUGCAAACCCAGCCAACCGAUACAUCAUAUGACCGGGAUCAAGAUAACAGGUCCAUUUCACGCCCCGCCGGCGUUGAUGAUAACCCGCCGAACAGUGCCCCAGCGGGCACCGGUACCAUUUCCAUCCCGGGCACACCGAUCAGCACGAAGCGGUUGGCCGCGUUCCGGCGUAGCGCCAGCGUGGAACCGGCGCGCAAAACAAAUGAAGUAACGGCCACGGUAGCGGCGCCCAAGGGAGACGUUCCGGUGCUGGCUAGAGUUCCGCUGACGCCGCAGCUUGAUGUUUCAGUGCCCAGCCAGCCGACCACGGCGAUGACGACAAUCCAGGAAGCGUGA